AUGGAAACAGAUGAGCUGGAUCGCGAUUCUUGCCUCAACCAAAAAUCGCAUUUUGAACAUAAAGAAGAAGCCAUGAGGCUUUUGGAGACUUUAACUUUGUCCAACGUCGAUGUCAAACAGUCAGCAAAAGCACUUGCUCAAUUAACAGCUAUUCUCGAGUUAUAUCAAGAGCAGUCGCACUUACUAGAUCCGCAUUUGGAAUAUAUCAUUCAACCUACAAUGACAAUCCUCAGGAAGAGAAUAGACGUUUAUCAGACUGACAAAGCUGCUUUGGACAAGAAUACAACGCAUUUAUUUCGAUUUCUGUAUUUACUUACCAAAACACGAGGAUAUAAAACAAUUGUCAAAUUCAUGUCACAUGAGGUUACCGAUCUUGAACCGGUAUUUCAUUUUCUAUUUAGCUUGAAUUCAGCUGAUACUAGUCUAUGGGAAGUACGUUAUGUCUGUUUUAUAUGGUUAUCAUUGAUUUGCAUGAUUCCAUUCGAUUUGAAAAGAAUUGACAGCGGCAGUCAAAAUAAUCUAAUCACGAAUAUGCUGGAUCUGUGCAAAAAAUAUCUGAAGACAACCGGAAAAGAGCGCGAUGGUGCAGCUCUAUUAGUUGCUCGGUUACUGUCGCGUCAAGAUAUUUGUCAAGAAUAUUUAAUUCCAUUUGUUGAAGGGGCUAGAGAAAGCUUAAGUGCUGACGCUGAUGUUUUCGAGACGACGGGAUAUCUUCAAGCUUUAUGUAUCAUAUAUAGGCUAGCGCCAAGGAAUUUUUUGUUACCUACACUCGAACCAUCAGUUAUCCCACUCCUCACUAUGCCAUUUUUUGACAAGUUUACAAGUAAUGCAGUUAUUCGUAAAUUACGCACUAAAUUAGCACAACGUGCGGGCUUAUGUUUCUUGAAGCCCAAAGUUGCAGCAUGGAGAUAUCAGAGAGGAAACAGAUCUCUACGACAAAAUCUGGAAAUAAGCUCCUCAGUCGCAGCCGGGCUUGUAUCUGCAAAAGCGAAUGAAGACAACAAGUAUGAAAGAACUGAAGAAGAUGAUGAGGAAGAAAUUUCUGAUGACUUAGAGAUAAUUAUUGAGCUUUUAUUGAAUGGAUUGAGGGACAAAGAUACUAUUGUAAGGUGGUCCGCUGCGAAAGGAAUUGGUAGGAUAACACAACGGCUGCCUCAGGAACUGGCAGAGGAUGUAGUGGGAUCAGUGUUAGAAUUAUUUGAAGAGAAUACACUUUGGACAGACUCUUCUGAUACACUGGACCUCUCAGCCGUAUCUGACUUCACUUGGCACGGUGCUUCAUUGGCCAUUGCUGAACUGGCCAGACGAGGAUUACUUUUGCCAGCGCGUCUGAAGGAUACGUUACCAUGGAUUAUCCGUGGACUAAAAUUUGAUAUUAAACGAGGCUCGCAUUCUAUUGGCGCCCACGUUCGUGAUGCUUGCUGCUACGUAUGUUGGGCCUUCGCAAGAGCUUAUGCACCAGAUAUAAUGGAGCCGUUUGUAAAAGAAAUCGCACAAAAUCUAGUAGUUGUAUCAGUAUUCGACCGGGAAAUCAAUAUACGUCGUGCUAGUAGUGCUGCUUUUCAGGAAAACGUUGGAAGACAAGGUAUUUUUCCACACGGUAUCGACAUAAUCCAAAAAGCAGAUUAUUUUUCGUUAGGUAAUAGAAAUAAUGCAUUUCUUGAAAUUGCCUUCGAUAUUGCCAAAUUCGAUGAAUACCGCUAUCACCUAAUUCAACAUUUGAUUGUCAUCACUGCGAAACACUGGGACAAAGCUCUGCGUGUAUUGGCGUCAAAAUCUUUGGGGAAACUGGUAGCAUUGGACCCAAAGUACUUCUUAGAAACUGUGCUUCCUUACUUGAUCACCAAUGCACUUAGUAAUGAUAUGCACGUUUCCCACGGUGCCAUGCUUGCUAUUGCUGAAAUUUGCAUGGCAAUUUAUAGCCUCGAUCAACCGAACAUUCUUCAAUUAUACAAACAAAAAACCGAUGCAUUAAUAACUGUCAUAUCUAAAUUACCUCCAAAAUCACUCAAGACGUUUGGAUCAGAACAUAUUCGAGAGGCCGCCUGUCAAUUGAUAGCAUCUUUUGCAAAAUCCCGAUUGAGUUUGGAGCAUAAGCAAGACGUAUUAGUUGACUGGAAAAAUGUUAUUUAUACAUCUUUGCAACGUAAGGAGGAAACAGUACAAGCUUUUGCUGUGGUUGCUUUUGGUGCAGUUGCUGAAGCGAACGGCUUCUCUCAGGAAGAAUUGGAUAUAGCACUACAAAAAGUGAAUGUGAUAAAUUCAAAUUAUUAUGAACGUAGAGGUUAUGCACUUGCUCUAGGAACUUUGGAUUACAGUAAGCAACCUGAUAAUUUACAUAAAGUCUGUCAACAACUGUGUCAAGGGUCGCAAGCCCAGGAUAACUCUAUUGCUAAUGAUGCUGAAUCGAAAAGAAAUGCUGUACAGGGCUUACAUAGCAUAUUUAAAAAACUUGGGGAUGACAUUAAGUCAGUCAUUACCUUCGAUGAUUUUCAAUACAUUUUGAAUUGCUUGCAAGUCUGCUUGACAGAUUAUAGCAUAGAUCAACGGGGUGAUGUUGGCUCUUGGGUCCGUGUCUCUGUAAUGGAACUGUUAAACUACUUGGUACCGUGCGUUUCUAGAUUGGAUUCGUCCAGACCGGAAAAGCCACCUUACCUGACUACUUCAAAUACAAGAGAUAUAAUAGCAGCUCUGUUAAAACAAAGCGUGGAACGUAUCGACAAAGUAAGAUCAACAGCUGGCAGAGUUCUCUUUAACGUUAUCUCUUCCUGUGACAAUUUGAUCUAUCCUGGAAAAGAAUUUUUAAGGGACAAGUUCCAGCGUGCUCUAGAAUGGCUUUCGCCAUCUGAUAUGUAUCUAACAAUGGUUCAGAUACUGGAUAUACCAGAGUAUAGGUUUGAGCUGCUGACGGGUCUGAUCACUAGUGCUGGUGGUUUGACUGAAUCAUUGGUUCGCCAUUCCAGCGCUUGUCUGAUAGAGUAUACCGGCAACCUACCUCUUAAAGCCUCCUCUGGCCCAUCUUUGCAGGAGUUCUUUACAACAUUGCUCAAUAUUUUCGUGAAAUACGAUAAAGACGAUAGGAUUAUUCAGCCACUAUUGGACGUAACUGGACUACUGUAUGCAACCGCUAUAUUGUCAAGAAUACCAGACGAAAAUCUACACGUAAAAUUGUUCACAUUGGUAAAAAAGCAAGUAUUUAAAUGUAAAGCCAUUCGUAAAUUACUGUCAGCUAUAAAAGUCUUUGUCGGUUUUCUCAACGUAGAAGGAUCUCAAAUUAGGACGAAAACAUUGCAGCAGUUAUUGACAUACCUUAUACAUCCUUUUCCAAGAAUCCGUAUAGAGACUUCAGACCAGUUAUUUUCAUUCCUUUCAAGUCCUGAAGAUGCAGAUUCAGACGAACUGGCACAAGCAGUCGAUAUUAUUACCAGCACUGAUUGGACGAAGCCUCUGAAUGAAGUGAAACUGCAAAGAGAUCAAUUACAUGUAUUGUUAAAGAUACCAAAACCCAAACUUGUCAAAAAGAGCUAA